AUGGCCCAACCACACAAUGGUCGAGAAUCGCCCAAAACCCACCGGGUAGGGGAGCAUUGGAGCGGCGCGAACCCGGUGCCGACUAUCGGGCGGUUUCUGGAGAGAUUGGAAGUUGAUAAGCAGGAGAGGAAGGCUCAUGAGGAGGCGCUCAUUGCGAAACGAAAGGAGCAGGAGGAGAGAGGGGAGGAGAUACCUCAUAAGCCGAGGAGGACGUCGGGGAAGACGCGGAUGGUGACGGAUCCGACGACGGGGAAGGAAAUUGAGGUGGAGGAUUUGGAUGAGGAGGCGAUGGAUGCGGUUAAGGAUCCGAAGCUUGUGGUUCCGAAUGCGAAUGUUGGGAAGCCGACGGAUGUCAAGACCGAAGCGACUCAGAGUCUUUCGCAGUAUAAAGAGAAUCAGGAUAUUACGGCGCCGCCGGAUCCCAUUGCGGAGGGGACGACGUCAGAUGUGCCGAUUCAUGGAGAGAAGACUAAUAUUCUCUUUCAUCCUACGCCGACGGUGACGUAUAAGCCGAUGUUUGAUAAGUUGGAGAGUCGGGGGAUGGGUCUGUGUCUGGGCAUUGUUGCUGCUAUUGUCUUCACAGGCAGGAUAUUCGGUGGCUCAUUAUGGGGUCUGCUGCCUUUGGCAUUUGGUGUUGCAAGUGCUGUGUGGUUGUGGAUACAAGAGCUUAUUCGAAGUGGUCGGGAGAUGGAAUGGAGUAGUGAGCAGAUUAGAGGGCAGAUGGCUACUGCGAACCUGCUACCCGAGUCAGUUGAAUGGAUGAAUUCCUUCCUUGGGGUCUUCUGGGGACUCAUCAACCCCGAAAUGCUGUCGCCUGUUGCGGAUACCAUCGAAGAUAUCAUGCAGGCUUCAGCGCCUGGGGUAGUGGAGAACGUUCGGAUUGCAGAGAUUGACCAGGGCAAUAACCCGAUACGGAUUCUGAGCCUGCGAUCACUGCCAGACUCACACGUUCAGCAACUCAAAGAUCACAUCCAUGAGGAAAAUGUUAAGAACAAGGAUCCCCAGGAGGCUGCAGCCGCCGAGGAGGGCGGUAGUUACUACAAUAUCGAGGCCUCCUUUGCCUACCAUGCGAAACCUAGCGGUCAAACCACCUCGUCCAAGGCGCGCAACAUGCACAUGCAAAUAGUAUUCUACCUGGGAAUCAAAGGCCUCUUUGGCGUGCCCUUUCCGGUCUUCGUGGAGCUGAUCGAGAUGGUAGGCACCGUGCGUGCGCGAUUCCAGAUGAUGCCAGAGGCCCCAUUCAUGAAAGACGUCACUUUCAGUCUGGUUGGACUUCCCCACAUCAAAGCUGGAUGCAUGCCCAUGGUUAAAGGAGGCGUGAACAUCUUGAACCUCCCGUUGAUCUCCAACUUCGUCAACUAUGCGAUUGCCACCGCCAGCGGUCUGUUUGCGGCCCCCAAGUCCAUGACAAUGGAUCUUAGCAUGUUGCUCAAGGGAGACGAUAUCGUCAAGGAGACCCAGGCAUUGGGUAUCAUGUGGAUUCGUAUCCACCGUGCGAUAGGACUGAGCAAACAGGACCGACGUGGCAGCUACGGCGGUGGCAGCGACCCCUACAUCAACCUCUCGUUCUCCAAGUACGGCAAACCCAUGUACUGCACGCGCGUGAUCGAGGACGACUUGAAUCCAGUCUGGGAGGAAACCGCAGCGUUGCUUGUGACGCCAGAACUGAUCAAGGCGGACGAAGCUCUGAGCGUCGAGCUCUGGGACUCGGAUCGAACUACCGCGGACGACAUUGUUGGGAAAGUGGAACUGCCCAUUCGGAAGAUGAUCCAGCAUCCUGGCAAGAUGUAUGCCCAGGUUUCGAAGCUCCAGGGUCUCAACGAGGGCAGCGAGAUGCCGGGAGAACUGCACUGGGAAGUUGGGUUCUUCGGCAAACCCAAACUUAGGGCCGAGUUGAGAACCGACGGCAAGAAGAAGGAUCUGCCGGAUAACUUCAAAGACACCCCCGAGUUCCAGGACGAAAAGGGUGUCAUCAGCAAUGAACAAGAGGAGGCCAUCACCAAGACACCCCCCGAUCCUCUAUGGCCCAGCGGUAUCUUGAGCAUCGUGGUCCAUCAGAUUGUCAACCUGGAGGUUGAGAACGUCAAGGGCAGCCACGGCAACCGCAAAGGGAGGGAUUACGAGCCGGCCAAACCGUAUGGUGAACAGAAGGAGGAACAAGGCGAGAAGCUGCCCACGAGCUACUGCAAGAUCAUCCUCAACGACGAGCUGAUCUACCGCACUCGUGCCAAAGCCCUAAGUUCCAAGCCCAUCUUCAACGCCGGCACUGAGCGAUUCGUCCGAGAUUGGCGAUCGGCCUUUGUCACCAUCAGCGUCCGAGACCAACGGUAUCGCCAACACGACCCCAUCCUCGGCGUCAUCCCCCUGAAGCUCUCCGACAUCCUCCAGACCAGUUCGCAAGUCACCCGAUGGUAUCCUCUGGACGGCGGCAUUGGAUUCGGCCGUAUCCGCAUCUCACUCCUCUUCCGGCACGUCGAGACUCGACUGCCUCCCAACAUGCUCGGCUGGGACGUGGGCACCUUCGAAUUCACCUCGGAGCAGAUCACCGUCCAGAACUACCACGAACGCUCCAAGAUCCGUCUCCGCACUGGCGGCAGCAGCGGCAAGAUCACCCGCCAUGUCUGCUCCAUCCACGGACCCAACAUGACCUUCGACCUCUCCGACGAGGCCUACCGCCGCAGCCUCCGCCUCCCCGUCAAGCAUCGCUACCGAUCCCCCGUCGUCUUCGAAUUCCACCAGCAAGGCCACCACCACCCCAGCGCCUACGCCGUCUACUGGCUCCAACACAUGGCCGACAACGAAGAAACCCCCAUCGACAUCCCCAUCUGGUCCACCAAGAACGGCAAACGUCUCACCCAGAACUACAUCACCGAAACCAACUGCCACAUCAAACGCAACCCCGGUCUCGAAGACCUCCACGAGGUCGGCCGCCUCCAAUUCCGCGCCUACUUCAGCCCGGGAAUCGACGAGUCCCACGAACGCUUCGUCAUCGACAACGAAUCCCGCGAGACCUUCGAAUCCUGGGAAGCCCUAAUCGCCGAAGGCGUCCGCUCGCGCCGCAUCUCCUCGGAAAUCCCCGAGGACCUCGAAGAGCUGCACGAGAAAUCCCUCGUCGACGGCCGCGACAUCCUCAAGCACGCCGAACCCCGCGAACGCAAACGCUGGAUCGACAAGCAAGGCCAAGACUGGAGCGGCGCUUUCGGCCACGACCCAGGCGCCUACCUCAACCAACACGGCCACCAAGUCGCCGAACCAGGCCGCGAACAACCUCCCCACGACCCCGUCAACCCUCCUCCCACCGUCGCUCAAUCCUACGGCACCAUGCACGCCGAAGAAGCGCAACACCAAUCCACCCCGCAACAAGAACACCUCGAACACCAAGCCGAAGAGGAACCCUCCUCAUCCUCCUCUUCAAGCGAAACAGAAGACGACAACGAAGACGAAUUCUACCCGCACCAACAGCGCGUCUCGCAAAGCACCAUGUCCACCAACGGUGGCGGGAGCAGUAGUGCAGGUGCUGGUCCGAGUCGCAGUAGCACCGACGACUCGGCCAUCAAGAAAGCGAAUAAACGUAGCGAGAAGCGCCAACAACGGGGGAUGAUGCAGUGGCGACCUGUGAGGAAUGCGGUGUUUGCGCGAGAUGAGACUAAGUAUGCGUUACGGAGAGUGAAGAGGAAGUUUACGGGGGAUUUGUCGGGUCGGGAACCGGAUAUUGAGACCGAGACGGGGACAUGA